AUGCUGUUGGGCGUCUGCUGGUGGGGCAUGACCGUCGCUUCUGGCAGGAAAUGGUUAGAGGAGGGCGAGCGAGCCGCCCUCGUUGAGGCUUGUCGGAAAGUCGACCCAGGGCAGAAGGGGAGGAUACCUAUAUCGGCGAUGGGCAAGGUGCUGGGUGAUGUGGGCUUUGAGUCUGCAGCGACCCACGUAUGCCGUAGCCUAGAAGUACGGUCCACCUCGCUAUCGUUCGCGCGGAAUCCCCCGCCUGGCCAACCAACGAUCGUGGCUCUGUGGGCAUUUCCUCAGAGUCUGGUGGCGAGGGCGGAGCGCACCCUUGUUCGAGAGAGGGAGCCGAGCCGAUUCGGAGACGGAGACGAGACGGUGGCAUUCUCGUCCCUUGUGGGCCUCGUAGCCGAAAGCUUCCGACUCGUGAGGCAACCUUUCGGUGGCAAGCGGUGCAUCGUGAGCCGCUUGCCACUGCCUGCCUGCUGCGAAAACGGGUACUGCAUCGCACACCUGGAGAAGCCCUCUAGCGCCGCGCUCUCCGGCAGGGGGGGCGUGUCGGACGAGAACCUGAAAAGGACCGCGCUCAAGAUGAUCUUCGCGCAGCACGACACGGACGGAUCCGGCGCACAACGACAAUAUCAACGAUAUGUCAACAGCAACAACAACAGCAACAACAACAACCACGUCUACCACGAAAUGCCGACCGACUGGACCGGGACAGGAGCAUUGGAGAUGGAGGAACUGCCCAAGAUCCUGGCGGAGUUUGACGUUGAGUACGACGAAAAACGUCUGCCAGACAUGUUCGCCAUCUACGACGUCGACGACUCUGGCGCCCUCGACUUCGAGGAGUUCAGCGCCUUGCUAAAGGACAUGAAGGCCGACAAUGCGGUAGCGGAGAAAAAGAUGAACGCCUACCGCCUGCCCCCGACCCUCCUGAAGGAGUUCAGCCCGGAGGCCAUCGAGGAGAUGAGGGUGACGUUCGCCCGUUUCGACGAGUCCGGGGAUGGAGCUCUCGACGAGGAGGAGCUGGGAGCCCUGCUGAGGACGUUCGGGCAAGAGCCCACCAAGGACAAGAUCCACAAAGAGAUGCUGGAGGUUGACUACGAUCGGUCCGGGACGAUCGAGUUCAAGGAGUUUGUCACCCUCAUGAAAAAGGUUCGGGACGGAGAAGUUGAGCUCGACGACAGCGCCUUCGGCCGAGCGAUCAUGAACUCGACCGUGGCAUCGCGCCUCAGCGAGGAGCUGCGCAGAUUGGACGCCAACCCCAUCCCCUGCCUACAAUCGGCAAAGGUUUUCCACCUGAACUUUAGCGUCCUCCUGGAUGGCACGACCGCGGUGCGGUCCGUGUUGGACCAGUGGACAGCAGAGUGGAACGUCGCGAAGUUCUUGCGCGAGGUUAUCCGACUCCUAAGGGACCCGGAUCCUUCCCUGCUACCAGAUAGCAUCAGAAGGGGUGCUUCUAAAACUGCGGCUGCAGCAGAACGGCUUCAGGCUCCAUCGAACGCCAGUCGUCGUUCCCCAAAAGUAGAAAAAAAAUCCCAGGGAGGCGGCUUCGGAGAAGGAGAAGAGAAAGACCAGGGAAGCGACGAAAGACACCAUGAAGGAACGGGACGACAUUGGAGAGAGAGGGAAGGAUGGGCCGGCGUAAACGAAGGGAGAUGCCAUCAUAGUAGCAUCGUUGAAGGCCGCCACCCCGCCGUGCCGCCGGAAGGAAAAGUGCGAGGAGGAGCCGGUGGAGUGGGUCCGCAGGGCGCAUUUGGCAGCGUUGCUUCUUGUGACACCACUAACAUCACCAGGAACAACAGAGGAGGAAGAGGAGCAGGUGAAGGUGUACUUCCAGAGCACGAAAUGCCUUCCCCAAACCGUGCAGGAAGGGAGAAUAAAAGGCACGAGAGGGGCGACGAUCUUCGAGAAACCAAGUGGGGAGAUCUGGUGAGUGUGGGAAAAUAUAGAUGGCUCCGUACGCCAGGUGUGGUUGCUGUCAUGGAAAACCUACUGUACAAUGAUUACGACAAAUCUUCGAUUUCGCAGAUGUCGGUCCGGGUGGCGAGCUUGUGGUACGACAACCGCCCUCUGUACGAGCAGACGGCGCGACGAAUCGCGGCGACGCAAGCGGAAGGGAAUCGGUCAUGA